AUGCUGAACAUCAAAGUUAUCCUAGUACUGUUGUGCCUUAUUGUGGCUACGGCUGCUCAAUGGGGCUACGGCCGCGGAGGUUAUGGUGGAUAUCGUGGUGGAUACGGCGGCUACCGCGGCGGUUAUGGCGGAUACCGUGGUGGAUACGGAGGAUACCGCGGUGGAUACGGUGGCUACAGAGGCGGCUACUGGGGAUAAGCUGGUGUGCCUGCCCAUGCUAUAGUCCUUGGUACCGUGGCCGUUUUACGCUUGGUAUCUUGCUUGUUAUAAGACACAUGUUAACUACUGUUGGCUAGAUUAGUGGAUUACAACAAACUUGUAUAUAUUAUCACUUAAACAACUCAAAAUCUUAAAAAUUACUGUUUGUGUCACAAAAGACGUCCAACUGUUAUCCUACUGUAACAUUCUUAAUAAUUUUUAUGCUUUUGUUUUCCCAAUAAUAAGUGUCAUGUAUCUAUGCCAAUGUGAUCAUUAGCAUGCAUUUUAAUAUUCUUUUGUGCAAUAAAAUUUUACGAGAAUUUAUGAAUAUCAAUCGACCAUUCCAACUGAUAAUACGAUGACAAAAAGUGAGUAUUCGAUCAUGGUUUUGUCACAAAGCAAAGCAUUCAGGAAGUGUUUGUGACAAAGCUCGGGAGAGAGGAGGAAGGGGAAGAAGGUUUUGCAGGUUUUCUUUAUUUUUGACAUAGCCCCAGCCCAGCUUAGCACUAGCCUCAAAGCCCUAGUCCCAAAGCCCUAGCUCCAGCCUCAGCCUCAGCUUCAGCCUCAGCCCCAGCCAGCCCCGCUCAGCCCAGCCCAAACCUAAACAUGGGAAACAGGCCUGGCCCACUUUUUUACGUAAAAACAGGCCGGGCUUUUCGGAAUAGACUUUUCUGGAACUUUUUGGCUUGCCCGACCUAUAUUUUGCUCAGGCCAUGCCCAGUCACAAUUUUCUACGUGGAAACUGGUCUGGCUUUUUAGAGACUUCCGAGACCGGCCCGACCUAAAUUAGGCUCAAGCUCGGCCCGUUCUCUAUGUCUAGCCCAGACCAACCAAUCCCGGCUUAUUCCAGCCCAGCUUAGCCCAGCCCAGCUCAGCCCAGCCCAGCCCAGCCCAGCCCAGACCAGCCAAACUCAACCCAGCCCCAGCUGCAGCCUCACCCUUAUCCUACUCUCUAGCAUCAGCCCCAGCCAAUUCUGGUUCCCAUUCUGCGUCCUGUGAUACAGUAAUCUGA